ACACACACACACACACAGCAUAUUGUCAGAAGCAGAGACUACUGUAUUACUCCACAUUAACAUCAGUUAGGUUUGGCAGAAGUCUUGAACUCCACCUGGACCUGAAUGCAGACUGAUUGUCUGGCAGACUCUGUGUGAAACAAACAAACAUCGGCAACAUUUACACCUUUUUAAAAAGACAUCUCUUACGGUCGCUAUCUACUGACACCAUUAAACCACGAUCCCAUUAAUCCGCCAAUUACAUACAAGACUAUUCACGACACAUUCGGCAGCAUUUGUACACAAUAAUUGUACUGGAAUGCUUCUUCUGCACAAUCAGAGAUUGUUUUAUGGCACGAAGCAGUCAAAGCGCCGCCUGUUCCUCCGGCUCUAAUGGAGCCGCGUCUCUCACAUUAGCAGAUGGUCCAAGAAAUGAAAGGCUGAUGGAAAAAUUACUUUCACUGUUUAUCCUCUUGAGGAAAGAGAAAGAGGAAGUGUGUACACACACACAAAGUGAUGGCAGGGAGGGGGGGGGGGGCAGACAGCAUCAGCGAACCCUUUAAACCUUUUAUAUAAAUAUGCAGUAUACACUAUGGGUUAUACUCCAGUAAAAACCUUCACACUCCUUAUUUGAACAACUCGUGUGCACUGGUGAUUUACAUUUGCCCAGAAUUAUUAUGGUUGAAAAUAAUAUCUCAAUAAUUAAAAUCUUAAACUCAAUCAAAUUUUAAAACACAAAAUGGGCGACUGUGCAGCAUAUAACAUACAGUUGAGAACAUCAUUAAUACAGAUAUCAUCAGAUAGUUUUAGCAUAUAUGUAGGCCAAAAAGUAACAAGAGACUGCAGUAUAGAAACACCACAGCUGUUUGAUCAGCAUUCUUUAAUUCAAGCAAAUUAAAGGAAGCAUUUUCAGAUUUGGGGAUUCAUAUUCUUGCCAAAAGUUAGAUGAGAGAUUGAUACCACCCAAAUAAGCGUAUAAUGUCAAACCACGAUAAUGUUGAUGCGAGCCUCUAAACCCCAGCAUCUGUUGCCUACAACACAGGCUCAGGAAACUGGAUUUAUAAGAAAGAACGAGGUUGAGUUUGCGUGGGCAACGACACGGCACUGUGCAUGUAACAUGCAUGUGUGUGUGUGAGGCCGGUAGUUGGUAUUGUAUUUCAUGCCAUGGCACGCUGUCAGUCUGUCACAUGGCAGCAGAUGUGGGCAGAGCAGACCAUGUGCCACCAGAGAACACGUAGGACAGUCUGAUCUCUGAUGUACGGCUCAGCCCACCGCCUCGUCGGAACCAAAUCAUUAUCUCAACAAUGCAAGAAACCAUUUCAAUGAAUCUCCAUUGUUUGCCCAAUGUCCAUUGUUUAGGAAGUUAGCGAUGUAACAUUUGAGUAUGAGAGAGAGGGAGGAUGUGGUGGAAAAUACAGCUUAAAGUAGAAACAGGAAGCUGAUUAAACAGACGUAACAAGGAAACAGUGAACACAGUUUACCACGUUGACGCAACAGAAUGAGCUGAAGCCUAAAAUAACAGUUAUGGUGCUGGAGGUAAACACUGUUUUGAAUUCCAGACCACGUCCCUGUGGUCUGAUGUGUACAAAAGGCCGAGUCUUGUCAGUUUUGGGUCACAGGCGCUACACGUCUUUGUUGCUUCUGCUGCUUCUCUCUCUAACUCCCCCAUCAAUGCUGCUUCUGCUGCAGUUCCACGGACGAGUCCUGAGCCGAGAGAGAGGGACCGCAGAGAGACGGAGGUAACAGGAGGUGAAGGCGGAGCUUUGAACACACUGAAAGAAGGAAGUGAAGAGUAAGAUGUCAGGGAACAAAAAUCUCAUACAGGAAGGAGACGGAAAGAAACAACUGCCAUACACAGCACACCGAGAGAAGUCUAUAGAACCGUCCAGGACAGACACAGACAGAAAUAACGACAGAAUGACAAAAUACAACAGACGAGGGGAGUUCAGGAAGUUUGACCCAAACUUCAAAGGGCCGCUUCACAACAGGGGCUGCACAGAUAUACUCUGCUGUAUUCUCUUCAUCUUGGCCUUGUUGGGGUACUUUGCUGUCGGUAUUGUCGCCUGGUCUCAGGGUGACCCCAGGAAAGUGAUCUACCCCACGGACAGCAGGGGGCAGUUCUGCGGUCAAGCUGGAACACCUCUGGAGAAGAAGCCUCUUCUGUUCUACUUCAACAUCCUGAAGUGUGCCAGCCCUCUGGUGCUGCUGGAGCUCCAGUGUCCCACCACACAGUUAUGUGUGGAAAGCUGCCCCAACAGGCAUCUGACGUUGGUGAAAGCCAAGUUAGGCAGCAAAGAGGACCAUGAAUACUUCCAACAAUACUGUAAGGAUGGAGUGAACUUCACCAAACUGAGUCCUCCUGAGAUCCUGAAGGACGGCUUGUGUCCUGCCAUGCUGAUGCCCAGUAAAUCCUUCACGCGUCGCUGCCUUCCUGCCUUGGGAAGGAUGAAAGGUGGGGUGGUGGUGGUGGGCAACGAGACCACUUUCGAUGAUGGACAGGGCUUCAACGUCAACGCCACAGAUGUGCUGGAGGCAUCCAAGAAAUCAAAUGUGGUUGUUGAAGCUCGCCAGGUGGCCAUGAGGAUCUUUGAGGACUACACUCAGUCCUGGCACUGGAUUUUACUCGGUCUGGUGAUCGCCAUGGUCGUGAGCUUGAUCUUCAUCGUCCUGCUGCGGUUCCUGGCUGGCAUCAUGGUCUGGGUCAUGAUCGUUUUGGUCAUCAUAGUCAUCGGAUAUGGGAUCUUCCACUGCUACAUGGAGUUUGCGAGUCUGAAUGGCGAGCCGGGCUCUGACGUGACCAUCCGUGACCUGGGCCUGCAGACGGACUUCUCCGUCUACCUGCAGAUCAGACAGACCUGGCUGGCCUUCAUGAUCAUCCUGGCUAUUGUGGAGGUCAUCAUCAUCCUGCUGCUCAUCUUCCUCAGGAAGAGAAUCAUGAUUGCCAUCGCCCUCAUCAGAGAGGCCAGCAAAGCUGUCGGUCACGUGAUGUCAUCGCUGUUUUACCCCCUGCUGACCUUUGCCCUCCUGGCCGUGGUGAUCGCUUACUGGGCCAUCACUGCCGUUUUCUUGUCCACCUCUAACGAGCAGGUGUACAAAGUGUUCAACAGCUCAGCGUGUGACUACUCGAGAGAGACCUGCGACCCCAAGACAUUCAACACGUCCAACAUUUCAGCUCAGUGUCCUGAUGCAGAGUGCCUGUUUGCCUUCUACGGUGGGGAGACCCUCUAUCACAAAUACCUCAUCCUGUUCCAGUUCUACAACGUCUUUCUCUUCUUCUGGUGCGCCAACUUCGUGACGGCCCUGGGCCAGGUCACUCUGUCGGGGGCCUUCGCCUCGUAUUACUGGGCCUUCAAGAAGCCCGAUGAUAUUCCCGCCUACCCCAUCUUCUCCUCACUCGGUCGGGCCCUUCGAUACCACACAGGCUCCCUGGCUUUUGGCUCUCUGAUCCUGUCCUUGGUCCAGGUCAUCAGGGUCCUUCUGGAGUACCUGGAUCACAAGUUGAAAGGUGCUCAGAACAAGUGUGCUCGGUUCCUGCUGAGCUGCAUGAAGUGCUGCUUCUGGUGUCUGGAGAAAUGCAUCAAGUUCCUGAACAGGAACGCUUACAUCAUGAUUGCCAUCUAUGGAAAGAGUUUCUGUCCCUCAGCCCGAGAUGCCUUUUUCCUCCUGAUGAGGAACAUUGUCAGGGUGGCUGUUUUAGAUAAAGUGACUGACUUCCUGCUGUUUCUUGGGAAGCUCCUCAUUGUUGGAAUCGUUGGCAUCUUCUCUUUCUUCUUCUUCUCUGGAAGAAUCAGAGCGAUAGAGGAGGCUGCUCCGUCUCUGAACUACUACUGGGUGCCAAUAUUGACGUUGGUAGUGGGAUCCUACCUCAUCGCCCAUGGCUUCUUCAGCGUGUACGCCAUGUGUGUGGACACACUGUUCCUCUGCUUCUGUGAGGACUUGGAGAGAAAUGACGGCUCGUCUGAGAGGCCUUACUUCAUGUCCCCCUCGCUGCACGAGAUCCUCUCCAAAACCGAGAGGCUGGAGGACGACCACGAUGGUGUCGAGCAGCGAGAUUCUGCGAAGCAAUCGGACGAGGUGAAGCUGGAGGAGGAGACCCCUCUUCAGCAGCAACAAGAUGGAGAGAUCCAACUGCAACAGCAGACGGCGCUCAAGCAGGACAACGAGGAGGAGCAGCCUCUGCAGGCCGAGACCGAUGCCGAAGAGCCAAAAGAGGAGAAAAACAAAGAAGAACAAAAAGUCAGUCAGGAUGAGGAGGCUGAGCAGAGAGAAGAAGCUGAGGUGAAAGAAGAGGCGGAAAAGCAGGAGUUGAAACAGGAGGAAAAGAAGGAGGCGUCGGCUCCUGCUGCGGAGGAAGAGGAGUCUGGUGAAAAGAAAGAGGAAACUUUGGAAGAGAAUCCUCCCACUGCAUCACAAGAGUAGAAGUCAGCAGCAAUGCGAGGGCAUGAAAUGAGGCUUGGUAUACCUCACAAGAAUGAAAGAACUGUCCGUUUGUGGUUUGGGCCCGUUAGAUGAAGCUAGCCCUGCUAUGUGAGAGGUGCCGUGUGCAGCUGGAGAGGGUCGUGGUCCACAUGUGAAUGUCAAAGCAGGUCAAAAGCCCAGUGCAUCUCUGUAGCUUGAAAAAAAAAAAAAAGUCUCUCUUGUGUUGGUUUUAGAACCGUGUUGGUUUUUAUAUCGUGAAGAUCUGUAGAACAUUGUGAGUGCUGAACCUGUGCCUGAUUACUGUCACUAAUAUCUAUUGUCUUAAUGCUGUCGACGAAUGCACUACAGAACCACCAAGGACCGUGUUUACAGUCAGAACACACACGUCUCAAUCAACGGUGAAUCUCUCUUCACUGUUUACAAUAAUACCAGCUGACGCCAAAACGUUACACAUAUUUGAUAUACUGUAUGAAUAUUGGAUCUUUUUUUUCCUAUGGAACUUGUAUAAUAUAUAUACAGCAUUGUACGUCUAUCAUUUAUCUUUUGGCUUCAGUCUUGUGGAGAUGGAAGAUGGGAUCUCAUGUAUUGUAUUGCCACCUAUCUGCCUUGGUAUUUCGGACUGGCGUAAGUGCUGUGAUUGUGUCGCCUUGACGCAGCCAUCGUGA